UUGCCUGGCAACGCAUUAACAGAAAGGGAGAAGUCUCAGAGCCAGGUCUAUAGUUUUUUUUAAGCGGCUAACAGUAAAGAUUUGUCAACUAAGUUGAAACAGCAGGGCAGAAUAUGCAGUUUUCCACUUGUAAAAUGUGGUUUUGAUACAUUGUUAGUUUUAUACUUCAAGAACGCUUGAAAAUUCGUUUUUUGAUAAAAAAAAAUUUUUAUUGAACAAACGAUACAAUGUCGGAUGAAGACUCACGUUCAGUUGGCGAAAUGGCUGAAAACACAUCGACUUUUACACUGAAGAGUGAGAGCAUGCUGCUCAUCCUUUGUCACAGCGGUCACGUGGUGGACGUCUACAGUCCAGACCCAAGAGCUCAGGAGUCAUCCAAAACCUUCAAGCUUCACAAUCUUCCUAGGAGGUCUUUCAGGUUUAAGAGCAUCAAAUCCAGAAUCAAGAGAGAAGAGGAGGUCACAAGACAUCAGGCAGCAAAAGGAGAAGAAAAUGAAAGAAAGAGCUGAAAUGUUCAAAGAAAUAAGGGAGGAGGGUGUAGUGUUUCUGGAGGAAGAUGAGGAGGAGGAGAAGAAAGAACUGCCUCCUAUCUGCUUCCCAAAUCCUCCGAGUCCUCUCUGCUGUGGCUUCUACUCACAGCCUGGACAGUUUUGGCUCUCAAUGGGAGGCUUCGACACAGGUUUCCUGUAUCACUGUAAGCUGUCAGAGGAUCAGGAUGAGGAUCUUCUGCAGCGCCAGGAUGAACCCUUCGCCUUCCGACACAUCAGCGACGCAGACGACAAUCCUAUUUGCUCCAUGACUUUCAGCUUCAGCAGGCAGCUGCUACUCUGCAGCAUGCAGUCCGGCUCCAUCAGGGUUUACCCUCUGCAGCCUGGAGACCACAGCCUCACCUCUAUGCAGGCUUACUGGGCUCUGAACGUUCACAACAAUCAAUAUGGACACCUGCGACACGUGCGCUGCAGCCUUGACGACCUGUUUGUGCUGACGGCCGGACACGAUGGAAACAUCUGCUUCUGUCUGCUUCCUCCUGAAGAGCAGCAGAAAACCCUGGAGCGAAAGACCAAGAUUCCUUCACCGCGGGUGGGUCUGGAAAACGAUGCAUUGGCUCUGGACAUCGAAGACCCGGCAGCUUACUGCAUUGAGACAGCCAAACAGAAGAUGGAAAAAGACAACCUGCGGCGGGAGGCUGAGCUGAAGGAAGUAGAAACGCAGAGACAGCUGGUCGAGCUUCAGAGGAGAUUCAAACAGGUCCUGAACGAUAACCAGUCUGCCUGAGCAAAUCCGGCUGAAACCACAGGAACCUCUGCUGGACCGCCGUUUUUACGAACAGGCAGAGAAGCUAAAGGCCCGGAAGGUGAUGGAGGUCCGGAAGCAGAUGGCCUGGGAGCAGGAGCGCUGCAGCAUCGCACUGAGAAAGCUGCAGGAAUGGUGUGAUGGCUCCCUGCAGGCUGACAUCAUCACUUUUGUUGUCGCAAUACGCAGCAACCAUAGAGUCUCCACGUACCGUCUGCCAGCGUUUCACUGGGCUUCACCUCCGAAAAAACCUCAGAUCAUAAACCACCGUAACGGAGACGGAGAAUCCGGACAGGAAAGGAGAAAACCCAGAGCCGAGCCUUCAAAAGACAGCCAACAAA